AUGUGUCUGGCGACGGUUUGGAGAUUUUGGACGGUGCUGGGGUUGGUGUCCGGGAGCCUGAGUCUGGGCUGUGAGAGGCUGCAGCAAGUUCUCAACACAGAGACUCUGAGCAAACUGCACGAAAUGGGGGGUCGCUUUCCCUGGCAAUGUGUAAGUGAAAGAUCUGCACUUAAAGCCAAGCCCCUGAACUUGGUGAAGCUUUCAAAAGGUUUACAGGCCCAGGACAGGAUCCAGAUACUUCAUCAAACCUUGUAUCAUAUCAAGAAGAUCUGCAGCAUGAACGUGGGGUCGGUCACUUGGGCCCAGGACAAAAUGGAAAAUGUCUGGCUUCUCCUUGAUCGACAGUUCAGGGAAGUAGAUGAAUGUGUUAAGAGAUCUGGAGCAGAGGUCAGACUGAGCAGAAACACCACCAUUCACAAAUACUUCAGGAAACUGCGAAAGUUUCUCAAACAGAAGAACUUCAACGACUGUUCCUGGGAAAUAAUCCGCGCUGAGACCAGAGCCUGUUUACAACAGUUGUUUGUCAUUAUGGCAGAAGUCGGCAGAAGAAAUUAAAAGAAAGGCGAAAGCCAUGUCUAGUAGAGAUGGAACAAUUUGUUUUUUAAAUAGCCUGUCAUAUCUACAGUUCAUGGUAUCUUGACUGUUUUGUGAUGACACUUCACCUGCAUGGUAACUGAUGGAGGGCAAAUAGUAUAUCGCUGAUAGUUUGUACUUGAUCGUUUAAUCAAAAUUAUCGCUGAGAUAUUUUCCUGUAUUAACUAUUUCACCAGGGAAAUCUGAGAAGAAUACUAUUUCUGGCUCUUUCUUUAUUGGCUGACAGCCUCUACAGUUCAAAGUCUCAACUGCGCUUUGUUCCAUGCUAAUAUAAGGCCAUUUACCCCAUCAGUUCUCAUGUGGUGCAGCAUUUUUCAUGUGACAGCCUUAUCAAAUGCCUUUUGGAAAUCCAUGUGCACUACAUCUGCCAGAUUCCCUUUGUCCAACUGUAUUGGUUGAUUUUCUAGAGGCCAUGUCUGGAACUGGCCUAACCAGCUGACUCCAUUCUUGCUCCCCAUCCUAUCUGAAUGGUGUUAAUUUGAUCACAAGGAUACUGUCACACAAUAAGAAUUACAAUUUUCAUACUUGGUAUAAAAUC